AUGGGAACAACAUCAGAAACUCGCGUAAAAAACAUUAUGGCCGGGAAUCGAACCCGGGCCGCCCGCGUGGCAGGCGAGCAUUCUACCACUGAACCACCGAUGCGUGUCCAAAGUGUCUACAGCCCUGCAGGAAACACCACAUAUUCAGAGGUCACAGGAACAGAUGGGAACAAAAAUUGCAUACGGCCGGGAAUCGAACCCGGGCCGCCCGCGUGGCAGGCGAGCAUUCUACCACUGAACCACCGAUGCGUGUCCAAAGUGUCUACAGCCCUGCAGGAAACACCACAUAUUCAGAGGUCACAGGAACAGAUGGGAACAACAUCAGAAACUCGCGUAUAA